AUGCUCAAUGAACCUCUCCAACUCCCGACGACACUCGCCGCCGCCUUCUGGAUGGCGACACCUAUCUCCGCCGCCCGUCUCCUAAUAUCAUCUCCUUCUUCCCCCGCCGCCAUCAACCUCCCGACCGCAUCUUUAACAACCCGCGCCCUCACCAACUCCUCUCGUUUUUCCCAAUCCCUGGCGACCAGUCCCGUUUUCAGAACCUUAGUCAUGAAAAUCGCGUUGAUCGACUGGUCCGUAUGCAUGGGCCACGCCAACACUGGCACGCCCGUCAUAAGGCUCUCGAAACACGAAUUCCACCCGCAGUGCGUGAGAAACCCUCCGGUGGCCUCGUGGGCCAAUAUCUCCACCUGCGGGGCCCAAUCCCUCACCACAAGCCUGAUUCCGGCCCCCUUCACCCUCUCCUCGAACCCCUCGGGUAACUCGAUAAUCUUCCUACUCUCCCCUGAGAAAAUGUCGGCCCUAUCCGCAUCCCUCAACGCCUACACGAACCUAAACCCGUACGACUCGAGCCCGAGGGCGAUCUCCCGAGCCUCCUCUCCCGACAGGGAAAUUGUCGUCCCGAAUGAGACGUACAAAACGGACCCGCGCGCCUGCCCGUCGAGCCAGUCGAGGCAUCAUCGGGCAUAUGGCCCAUUGUUGACUUUCCCCGCCGAUUAUUUCCUCCCGAGCGAGGAGGUCGACGUUUUCGCCCCCGACGAGCCGGGACGUGUUGUGUAUGUCCCUGGCUCGGUUUUUGAAAUGCUCGGGCCUCGACACGAUGUAGUUUAUGAACUCGAGCGGCGGGAAGGGUUUGGUGGUCAAGGAGUACUCCCGAAGGAUGUGAAAGAGGUUAAACGCCAAAAGACAAUUGAAAGCAUACGACUCGACGUUGGGAAUCGAGACCGAGUCCUCGACGGCCUUUGCAAUGAGGCGGUUGUAAAUAAGGACUUUUUUUUUGGUUUCGGUCGACAUUUUUUGGAUAAGGGUGGCGAUAGGGUGGCGGAGGGCCGUGUAGGCCGCCAUGGACAGGCCAAGGUGGUUGGGGGUUUUGUUCGGGCUCGGGUCUGGGUCGGGUGUGGGGAUGGGGGGAGUGGGGAAGUCGUGGAAAUGGAUAUGGUUAGGAUUAGGGUUAGGGUAGUGUCGGAGUUUGACCUGGCGGUUGUGGGUGGCGGAGCCGAGGAAGUGGACGGGGAGGGUGGUGGCGGAGAAGAUGAGGACGGCCAGGUGGAGGAGCUGGUUGAG